UUUUCACAUUGACAAAAGCAGCAGUUAGACAAUAAUGGAGGAAGAAAAGCUUAGUGAAUUCUGCAAAUCUUCAUACCAUCUUGACUUGAACUAUACAGAGGAGAAGAAAAAACAAUUACCUGGCCGCAGACAACAUGGUUCUUCCAAGGAAGAAGUUAAUCCUACUCAUGAAGAUCUGAUUAGAGAAAUUGCACUUCUGGAGAUGGAUAUUAUGUGUUUGGAGAAGCAUCUUCUUUCAAUGUAUCGAAACACAUUUGCUAAAUGCUUAGAAUCACUGUCGAAAACUAAUUCAACUCCCAAUGAAAGGAGACUUUCAGAACUCAAGGAGCAAAAUGUCAAGCCAAAAGAAAAUCUAGUGACUAAUACUAGUCCUAUUUUGCCAAAAUUCAGUAAUCCAAUCAAAGAAUGUGAUGACACACAAAAACUAGUUGAUUCCACCAUUUUGAGAUGCCAUUCUUCCCUAUCACAUGCUGCUUUUUCCUUCAGAGCUUCACCUUCAGUUGCAGCUCUUGCUGAGGCUGUAGACUCAUACCAUUCUUUGCCUUUAUCAAUGCUCGAGCAUGCUCAUGAGCUGUCAACUUCAAAUAGGAGUCUCGCGGAGCAUUUUGUUACCAGUUGUUUUAAUAAUUAUCAUGACUCGCCAAGCCGGUUAUCUGAAGAAAUGAUCAAGUGCAUUUCAGCCAUAUAUUGUCAGCUUGCUGAUCCGCCUUUCUUUGGCGAUGACUUAAGUUUUUCUCCCGUCUCGGUCUCAUCAUCAACACUGGAAUCUUUCCCUCGAACUCAAGGUGAUAUGCAGGGACAGCAAUUCAGAGAAAAUUCAUUUUCUGGUUCGUCGUUGAACAAUCUGUUCCACAUCGAAGAUUCAAAGGGAUUUAGCAGAUGUUUUGUCAGAAUGGUUGAGGUGCAAGGGCUGCGUCGAGAUAGCCAGAGCUUAAAUGGUGUAGAGCACAUGCUAAAGCAAUUUAGGUAUCUGGUCUCAAAGUUGGAAAAAGUUGACCCUAGGAAAAUGAAACAUGGAGAUAAACUAGCCUUUUGGAUUAAUGUCCACAAUGCACUAGUGAUGCAUGCAUUUCUGGUUCAUGGGAUUCCAAGAAGUAAUCUCAAGAGAGCAUCUCUACUUCUUAAGGCAGCUUACAACAUUGGAGGGAAUACAGUAAGUGUAGACAGGAUUCAGAAUUCUAUACUACGGUGCCAGUUGCCUCGUCCUGGUCAGUGGCUUCAAUCAUUGUUCUUUACUAAACAAAGAUUUAAAGCUGGAGAUGCACGAAAGGGAUAUGCAAUAGAGCAUCCAGAUCCUCGCCUACGCUUUGCUCUCUGCUCAGGAAACCAUUCUGAUCCUGUGCUUCGUCUGUACACAUCGAAGAGAGUGUUCGAUGAACUAGAAGUGGCUAAAGACGAGUACAUUCAGGCAAACAUAAGGGUGCACAAAGAACAAAAACUAGUCCUUCCAAAGAAUGUGGAAUCUUAUAUUAAAGAGAUAAAUUUGGGCCCGUCUGGUUUUUUCGAAAUGAUGGAGCAAGCAUUACCUUCUUAUUUGAGGAAAAAAAUUCAGCAGCCCGAGCAACGCAAGUUGUGGAAGAAAAUUGAUUGGAUUCCUCACAACUACACUUUCCGCUACCUCAUUUCAAGUGAAUUGGUUGAGUGAGUCUCACGGUCUUAUUCCUCUCUGAUUGUCUUCAGGCUCUUCACUAUCAAUGAUUUUGAAUGUCAGAUGAAUCACAAUAAAAAGGGGUUUUUCAGAUUGACAAGACUUUCAAUUUAAUGAACUUUCUUGAGCUGGUUGUCUAGUGAAGUGCCAUAAUUGUGAUUCAACUGUCAUUCCUAAUGAUUGUAUCCUCAUUUUCCCAAGUGAGUUUGUAAUAAUUUGGAUGGUCUAAACUU